CUUCCUUCCGAACUAGGUUGUGCUUUGUACCACACACUACAUGUGUAUGUGUUUAAUGUAAAUAAAGCCUGCCUUCUAGCCUCAAAUAUAGCUGCUUACACAUUCAGCCCGGAAAACAAAGGCAUUAGUGAAUCAACCAUGUUUGACCUGGAACGUUGUGCUUUUUGGGGGCAUAUGGGUGCUUCUCAAAGUAGUGUGUGUGAAACCACACCCUGGGGGUCCAUGUUUGGAGUAUAAAUAAUGUCAAGUAAUGUGUUUUGUUAUUGGAAAUGAAUAAAAAGCUCUAGAUAAUUGCACAAAUUUAAAUAUUUUGCAGUUAAAAGGGCCACUGGCUGCAAAAAAAGUGAAAAACUGAUUUAUUGAAGGCCAUAGAAUACAUUGAAAGUCAGUGGUGACAGUGACAGUUCAUUUCUCUGGAGCGGGAGAAAAAAUAGUUAUAAACUACCGUAACGUGACGCAGUUUCACAACACUGAGAUAUGACAUAGAAUCACUUCAAAUCACAUGUCAAAACAUUGCGUCAUCCUUAGGCUCCGCCCCUCAAUACAGGUUCCAAAACUGCGCGGGCUGGAGUGAACAUUGUGUGUGUUGAACACAGCGCACACAAAUACACACAGGUAUCUCCGGUCUGCUUUGCUAUUCUGGUACUUCUGGGAACUCGUAACAACUCGUAAACAACGUGUAGAGCUCGAAAAACGAACUGUUCAGCCUGUCGCUUUUCAGAGUUAACUACCCGGCCUCGUUUAGUUUGCUUUCUCCGAGUAGAAAUCAUGUCGACUGUCUGUGACGCGUCGUCGAGCUGCCCCAUCCCGAGCCGUGCUUCAGUUCCGCAGUGCUGGUCUUCUCUCCCCGGCUCCUACAGCCAGACCCCCGGCGGCACAGUCUUCUCCAUCACCCCUGGAGGGACCAGAAUCAUCUACGAUAGGAAAUUUCUCCUGGAAUGCCGCAACUCGCCGAUUGCACGGACUCCACCCUGCUGUCUGCCUCACAUUCCAGGCGUCACCAUGCAGUCCACACACCCGCUGGACAAGCUGUUGGAGCAGGACGAGGACAGUCAAGACGUCCCCGUUGAUGACAGUCAAUUUGUCCUGGACAUCUGAGAGUGCGAUACGGCUCCUCUGGAGAAGUUGUCUGAGCCGAGAAUCUAUGGGGUUCUUCUUUUGUGAAACACCAACGUUGUGUUGUAUUAUAUUGAAAAACACUCGGAGAUGAAGUUGCAGAAGAAUGCAGGUGGGAAUUUAAUAACUUCAGUUAUCAUGAGGCUAAAUUCUGCUUUAUUUUAUUAUAAUGUUACACUCAUCUGAAAGACAGAUGUUGGGAUUUUUCCAGUAAAGGUUUUUAUACUGGUUCUCCGAUGGGCUGAAGUGGAGAGUUAAAACCCUGUUAGGGUGAUUAGUCAGUACCUCGUUUUGUGGAAACUUUCUGUAUUGACUACUGUUAUGUUAAAUAAAACCUGAAAAAACCACA